UCUUCCUCUUACUCCUUGCCCAUCUUCUCCCACGUCUCUAGCGUCACCUGCUCCAAGGUACUAACCCCUUUUCUAAACUACCUUAAUACACUCAUCUUUAUGCAUGUCCACACAAAGGAAGAUGAAAUAGGGAAAAGGGUAAAGAGAAAGAUUGAUGGUGCAAAUAUUAAUAAAUCAAUGGUGGCAAGUAGUUGCUAUGAUAAUCAUCUACAAAUAGCAUCAACAGGAAGAAGACAUUUGAUGGGUGUGGGUCCCACACCUCCUCCUGGUACGACGUUGAACACCAUCACUCCUUGUGCCGCCUGCAAGCUUCUCCGGCGACGAUGCGCCGAGGAAUGCCCUUUCUCUCCCUAUUUCUCCCCUCAUGAACCUCAAAAGUUCGCCGCGGUUCAUAAAGUGUUUGGCGCUAGUAAUGUCUCCAAAUUGCUCAUGGAAGUACCAGAGAACCAAAGGGCAGAUGCAGCCAACAGUCUAGUAUACGAAGCCAACAUAAGGCUAAGAGAUCCAGUUUAUGGUUGCAUGGGUGCAAUCUCAGCUUUACAGCAACAAAUCCAAGCAUUACAAGCUGAACUCAACCUUUUAAGGGCAGAAAUUAUUAAGUUUAAAUAUAGACAAGCAGCUAAUCAUCUCAUUUCUGCUACUAAUAAUAGUAAUAAUCCAACCAUUAAUCAUCAUCAUCCUACUAAUAAUAGUAAUAAUCCAACAAUUAAUCAUCAUCAUCAUCCUAAUAAUAAUUCCUUAGUAAACUCCCUUGCUGCCACUGUUAUAGCUGCUAGUUUACCACCACAAGUACAAUCUCCACCACAUCAGUUACCUGUGCCGCCACCGCCACCAGCUACACCGCCGCCACCAGCGCCUUCUGUUUCGGCGGUUUCGACACCGCCGCUAUCAGGUGCAGCUUCUUUUUAUACGCCGCCUCCGCCGCCAUCGCCGCCUACUCUUUCUAAUACGCCCACUAAUGCUGGGUUUACCUGUAUUUCUAAUGAUCAUAGUGUUCCAUUUUUGGAUUGAUUUUUUCCUUCCAAUAAAUAAAGUUUAGAUACAUUUAAUUUUAUUAUUUUCUUUUUCUAUUCAGUUUAUAUUAUGUUUUAAAUUUUAAUUGACAUUGUAUUUGUUUGGAUUAAAUCUCAUAUAACGUAAAUGAACAGUACGUAUUGUUACUAGCCAGAACACUUGAA